AGGCCCCGCCCCCAACGGCCCCAGACUCCCGAGAGCGCUGAGGCUCGUUUGCUCCCCGGAAGCCGCCCCUUCCCGGGGGCAUGAUGGGCAGCAAGAUGGCGUCUGCCAGCAGGGUUGUCCAGGUAGUUAAGCCACAUACACCAUUAAUAAGGUUCCCUGACAGAAGAGACAAUCCUAAACCCACUGUAUCAGAAGGUUGGAGAUCAGCAGGGAUCCCAUCUCACUCUUCUGUGAUUUCACAGCAUUCUAAGGGAGGUAAAUCACCAGAGUUACUGAUGCAUCCGGGUCCACCAGACACUGCAGAAAUACUAAAAACACUACCUCAGAAGUACAGAAGGAAGCUUAUAUCUCAAGAGGAAAUGGAGUUUAUCCAACGUGGAGGUCCAGAAUAAUGAUCGCGGCUGCUGUUUGUCAUCAGACAAAAGAAUUAUCUUUACAAUAAAGGACUUCCAAAAUGACAUAUGAAAAGUUGUAUAUUAAACAACCUUAAUAAAUCUUCUGCAAAAAGAAAAAAAGAAA